CCAAUGUUGUGGUGAAGUACACGGUUACUUUAAACGGGGGCCGUGACACACAGGCGGCUAAGAUGUUAGAGCACAUUUUAUGUGUCGAAUGUAACGUUUUAAUACUAUGGAGAGCUGUGCUGUGUGAUUGUGACCCGCGGGGGAACAUUUUCAAGAUGUCUUAAAAAUCAAGUUGUCACAUCUUUUAUAUGUGGAGGAAUAUUUCUAAAAUAGUUUAAGUCUGUCAGUUGAAGGGCUUAAACUUAGGGUACGGUACACACUUGCUGUAAUGUCAUGAAAUGCCUUUUUAAAAAAAAAUAUAUUGUUCAUGUAUUAUUCUACGACCGUAACAAUAAAAUAAACUUUCAAUCAAAAUAACACGCAUCACAUUGAGGUGCUUCUGCAACAAAUACUGAAACAAUAAUGGAUUCAGAUUGCUAAUUAAAGUAUAAUCCAUUCUUCUAGUAAGGAUUUAAACAUUACCAAUAUAGGGAGGAACUAUUUCUAACAAAAAGCUCUCAAGUUUCAUAAGUAAGAAAAUGUUUGUAAUUUUUAAAUAAUUUUUUAAAAAUAUUUUUUGCUAUACAUCUCUUACUCUAAGAAUAGUUAAUAUUUAUUCAUAUUAAUUUCGCCCAAUUCUGUUCUAAAUUUUUAUAUAGAAAUAUUUGUAAAAUAUGCGUGUGUGUAAUUUCUAAUCUUUUGCCGCAAGCAGCAUGUGAGUUUCUGGUAAUCUGUUUAGUACUCCGACAUUUAACUUUCAAUAAUUCUCGGUCUGUGAGGAAUUUUUAAUUUUAGACAGACAUUCAUCACAAAUGGCUUAAAAUUUUAAUUGAUAAUAAUAGUAGGAUAACUGUAGCUCUGCUUACUGGAAGGGGAAAAAAAUCAAACACAAAUAUAUAGAGUUAUCUGAUACCCAAGGGCAAUGAUUUCGGUAAUAGUUUUUUUUUUCAAUAAUUCGGGAAGGCAAACUAAUUUUAUGAUUUAAGAUUUAUUAGCUGGUUUUGUCUAGCAUCUAACAAACAAGUACAUAAAAUAGAAGGCAGUCCUAUCUCAAGUACAUGAAGUUGCUUUUGUUUAAAGCUCGGUGUAAGCAGAAUUCGAUUUCAUGACAAAAUAAAUUGUAUAGGAAUUGUUACCGGUGUGGUAACACGGUUGGGUGGGGGGGGGGGGGGGCAAACAAAACCGUAAAGAUUCAUGGGGCCUCCAAAGGUUGCGCCAUGGGUCUGGAUAUGGGACAUCUCCACAAUGCUGUCAUAGGUAAGCAGUUUGGUAAUUAUAUAACCAAAUGUUUACAAAUUGAGAAAGGGCGACACAUUUCAGCGCUCUGGAAAAGAUGAAAGCGAAUUCUUGGCGUUGGCAAAAAAAUUAAAUGGUCUAAUGACCCCAAUAAGUCGCUACAGAAAGGAGAAGCAUGUCCUAUCGUCACACUAGUUGUCAAGGUUCUUGUGCUGAUUGAACCAACGGUGCGAAGAAUGCGUAUAUUGAUUUAUCAAAGGAAAUCAAUACGGAUCACAGAAGAAAUAAUGGAAUUCUGUUUAUACCGGGAAAGCGGAGACGUUGCCAUUCAAUCUUUGUACGGUACGCAUUCAGAGACGUACCCAUAUCUCCUAUUCAAACACUUGUUUAAAAGGAGGAAGAAUAUUAGAAAAGUAGAAUAUGUGACCUCAUAGUAUAAAAUAAAUAUCCUGCGAUUGGUCCCAGUGUGAGGCUACUUGCCGAUUAUGGCGGCACCGUGACGCUAUAGAAUCAAUAUACGGUCUUAUCGACGCUAUAUUCUUUAAAUGGUGUCAGAUUUUUCUGUUGGAAAUCUGCGCCACUAUUGGGUGCGGAUCACACCGGCUGAAACACUCACAAAUGGUGGUGGUUGGGGGGGGGGGGGCGCCCCGAAGUUGAAAAUUUGAAAUUUGAAAAGAGUUAUCUCGAAAAGCUGUCAUAAAAAAUGAUAGUUAAACUUAAUUUUUCUGUUGGAAAUCUGCGCCACUAUUGGGUGCGGAUCACACCGGCUGAAACACUCACAAAUGGUGGUGGUUGGGGGGGGGGGGGCGCUCCGAAGUUGAAAAUUUGAAAUUUGACAAGAGUUAUCUCGAAAAGCUGUCAUAAAAAAUGAUAGUUAAACUUAGAUACUUAAGAGCAGGACACCAAAAGUGUAGGUUGACCCAGAACAAGGUGACACAAGAGUAUAAGUCAAAACUCUUUUCUGAAUUUUCCGUGAAUUGCGAUAAACAAUAUAGUCGAUUACUUUUGGGUGGGAAAAAAUUAUUUUGAUUCAAAAUAGCGGAUCUAUGAAAGACUGGGGAUACAUUAAAAGAAGUUUGUGGGGUGUUAUUUUUGUGUGGGGGUUGGGAGGGGGUGUGGGGAUGACCUGAAACCUUCCCCAGCCGUUGCAUAUAUGCCAGUGUACAUGGAUGCAGCAACGUACCCUAUACCAGAACCAGAACCUGUCACAUCUUGAAAUCUAGAUGUUUGAUUUGAUUGUACUCAACUAGUUACAGUUUAAGUUAUCGUCUCAAGAACAAGACUUAGAUAUAAUUUGAUGAGAAAGCGUCUGGUGCAGUGGCGUAGCAAGGGUUAGUGCCGCCCGGGCGGGCCAAGAUUUUUGCCGCACCCUUUCCACGAAGAAAAAAAAACCCAUCAGAAGUUGUUCGAAAAUAUACAACUAUCCCCACAUAUUGAGCAAAAAUUGCUUCAAGGUGUGAACCACCCCUCCCUGCCCCCCCCCCCUUUUUCUACGCCACUGGUCUAAUGAGUGCUGAAAGUAAUACUAUCCCUUUCCCUUAAGGAUUCACCUGUAAAGAGUUAUCUUUCUUUCCUUUUUUUUUUUUUUUUAAACAGGAGCCGCCCGGAAGCUGAAGCAAAGAUGAAAGUGGAAGAUGUGGAGCCAGAGCCGGACCCUUUCACUGUAACCGUAACACCACAACCAACACCUUCCUCACUCAGCUCAGCAACAACAACAUCAGCGAAGCAGGAGAAUGCAAAAGGCGGGAAAACAGAGGAGAAGAAAAUAGUAAAGAAAGAAAUGGUCGUGCAGUCCGUGUAAGUGGUCUUCAUUUAGUUUUUCGGGUGUUUUAUAACAGUUAUGCCCUUGCCUGUCUAAAACUUGCAGAUUCUAACGGAAUUUAUUUUUAUGAACGGGAUUUAGUUUUACGAGAGAAAUUUAUCUUUAUGAGAAGAACAUCAUUGUAUGAGAAGAAUUUAAUUUUAUGACCUAUGUUCCAUGUAUCCUCUAUCUUCAAAAGACGCGCUGCAUCUCCUUUAAAGAUUUCUGACGUUUCUAAUCGUGUCUUCCAUCCACAGCAAAGUCGGGGCUGCUCUCGCCGUGAAGACGGGAGAUUUCAUUGGUCGAUUGGGGACACUCAUCGUGAUGAUUGUCACAACAAUCAACACGGGCACCGUCUGCGUCACCAGCUUCAUCGAAGGCGUGUACUGGAUGGGUGGCGUGCACGCCUUCCUCUUGGUUUUUAUCCACAUUCCCGUCAUCGUGGUCAUGGUGUGGCUCAUGGUUAAAGCCAAGGUACGUUCAGUGCUCUGAUCCUCUAUGGCUUAAGUGAGUAAGGCUUGAAAAUAUUGCUUAAAAAAGCAAAUAACAUUAUCUUCUUGGCGUUUAUGGGCUACGUUCAAAUUUUGUGUAAAACAGAGUAGCUUGCCCGUGGUUGCCGCCUAUUUUUUCCAAGCUGGGUUGGCUAAAAACUUAUGUUUGUUGUUUCUAAACUCGACUCCAGUAAGUUGAAUAUGCUUAAUGAAAACAGACCCAAUGAUAUUGUUGGUAAAAAUAAAAUUUAUACUUUUGCUCUGAAUAAUUUCUUUCCUCUCAAUUCACGGUUACGUCAUCCGAUCCACGUUUACUUAGCCUAGCCAUGACAACCACAAAUGAGAUGAAAGCGGAUUCAUCAACAAUGAUAUUCAUCAACCCAUUAGGCUCAUUUCUCUCCAAAAAUAAAUAUUUAUUUUCCUCCGUGAACGUAUCCCAUAAUCAAACUUUUAAAUUCUAAUUAUUAUUACAAAUGGCAUAAAACUUAUGAUUAACAGAUUAUCCCACAUUUAAUGUAUCUUCAAUAUAGUUUUCUUAAUUGUAUUUAAGGUUGAGGCUGUAUACAGAAAGAUACGCCCCACAAAGCCCAAUGAAGUAGUGACUGUUACGGAAAUUACCGAAACUGAGGGAGAAAUCAUUGGAGAAAAGACUUUGAACACGGACUCAAAGAGGAAAGAACGCGAUGAAAAACUGAAGAGCAAGGCUGAAAAUUUGACCCGGCGAGGCCAGCAAAUAAACAAAGCCUUUGAGGCGGCCUAGUGUACUAAUGUUUGAGAACAGUUAUUAUAAGCAUGAACUUUAACCAAAAUAUAUCGAGAGGAACUGGUGGAGUUUUUUUAAGAUGGAACUCUUAACGUGCCGAUCGUCUAUUCCGUUCAGAUGUUUAUCGAUAGUCUGCUUAUUGAUUCCUGCGUACAUGAACGAGAUGCUCUUCAGCUCUAACUGUGCAGGAGCUGAACAAACAUUGUAGAAAGGUGGGACUUGCCAAAGUCCUUUUUACGCCAUAGUAUUUUAGCACUGUAAUUAUCAGUUUUAAUAGGUUUGUGUUAUUUAUUAUGCAGAUAGCAAGCUUGAAACAUAUGCGUACCUUUGACUAAAAAUUUAUAUUUUUAUAAUGUAUUGAGCCUCUAUAUUGAGAAACAGCCAAAAUCUCAGUAUGUUGUGACUCUUCAUCAUCAUUUCCGUCCUACAAUAAAUGGCUACUAACAGGAGUUAUUUGUUUCCACAUUGUGUUUCUAUUCCCCCAGACAUUAUUCUUAUUAUGUAAAUGUAACAAAUUUAUUAACUUAACAUUUCAUUCAAAAUGUAUCACAGAUAAUAAUUCUCGGUGUAUACAAUAUCCAUGGCUGUAACUGUAAGGCUGUGUUCAAUUGGCGCGCAAAAUAGAAUUCCCAGAAGUUAGCACGGAUCGGGAUGCUUAUAAAGUGCGUUUGUUACAUGCCUGUUCUGUCCAGUAAUUUUAGUAGAUGGGAAGUUCAGCCAUUUGCCGCCGCCAUUGGUGCGCGGGUUAUUGCUAGUAAAGUUAAAUAAGGCUAUGGCUAUACCAUGAGGUUAAGUUCGGCCGUGGCAACCAAAAGCUGUGGGAUGGCUAAGCCGGAAUUUAGGCACCCCCCUUCCCAAGCAAUGAUCUAAAGACUCUGCAUGAAAAACGACGAUUUUGCCACCCGGCAUGUCCACCUCACCCCCGUACCCGCCUUUUUUUCCCCGCACGGAACUGAGGUUAAGGGCCAUCCUCACGACUCUUAGACUCUCCCCCCUUGGACUUCACCCUUUUCGACACAGAACAAUAGUCAGCAAAGCCUUGUUGGCCAAAAUGUACGCCAAGCCGACGUGACUUCAAAUUUCAUAUGAUUCUCAAAUCAUCCCUUCAGAUGACUUUCAUUUGCCACAGUUCAGACAACCAAUGUUGGUGUCGGUAUGCGAAUACGGGACUCUUCUUUCUUCGACCCCAACAUGUUGAUACCGAUACAACGCAAUAAUGAGAGCUCAAAAUGCGGAAUGUGCCUCGUUGCUCAGGUAUUGACUUGCGACAAUGAAUUCCUUGUUUAUUGUAUUCAUACACUGAACUUUAAGUACAAUGAAUAUUAUAAUAUGUACUGUUUCAAAAACAUUUAUUGGAAACAAAGUUAUUGUCAGUUUUGUUACAGGAACUUUGAAUGUUGUCGUAAAACGUUGUUAAAUCAUAGUAAAUUUAAUGGUGCUUUUUAUAAAAAAAUUAUAUGCAUCAAUCAAAUAAACUUUUUUUCAAUCAAUUCUAUUGCUUUGAAAAAAAAAGUUACAAUUAUGAUCAUGUUGAUAAGAAAGAUGAUUAUUUAGUUUAAAAAAUGCCACUAUGAAAUUUUAAAAGAUUCAUUUGCUAUUGCAUUAAUCGUACUUUAUAAUAAUAAACAUGUUUUUAAAAGAUCACUCUAUAGACUCUGGAGAUUUAUUUUAAAUCCAGUGUUUAC